GUGCAGCGGCGGCAGCGGCGGCGGGGCUCUGCCUCUACAGGAGCCCAGCGCAGGCCGCAGAGCCGGGGCCGCUGCGAGCCGAGACCGCGGGCCGCGGAGCCCGCACGGCCGGCGCGGAGAAUUUGUUCCUGUCAAAGAGUGACUUUGAUUCCCAGGCCCUUUGAGGUCUGAGGAGUCCAGUAGGUGAAAUUCUCUACCUCUAAAGAGAAACAGUACCUGCUCCUUCAGCAAGAGCAAGCUCUCCAUUGCUAUGGAUACCGAAUCCACGUAUUCUGGAUAUUCUUACUAUUCAAGUCAUUCGAAAAAAUCUCACAGACAAGGCUCUUAUCGUCAUAACAAUCUGUGGAAAAGAGGUAAAUGAGCUUGUGCUGGGGCCUAGGCAAGGCUUUCUAGUCAGCAUGGGAAACAGAAAGCAGGGUUGCUGAGGGAGGUCUAAAGUAACGUGCCAGAGCCCAGAUCCUGAGAAAGUCAGGACCCUCUGGUGAGAAAUAUUUAAUCAUAAAUUUCAAUCAAUGGGUAAACAUAUCAGAUUCGUUCUAAAAAAGCAGAAACAGCUGUUUAAAAAUAUCUAAUCUGGAAAAAGCAGUUCCCUUGUCAGUGUGCCAAGCUUCCCGAUCCUACACUGUGAUGCGUGGAGUGGGAAUUUGGGGUUCUCCUGGUGCUUGGAGAUGAGUAGAGGGGGGAGCCUUGCAGUGUUCUGAGGAGGAACCAUCUCUGGCCUCCUUUAUCUACAAGUCGUGUCGCAACUGUCAUUGCUCUGCUCUGCUGUUUCCUCAGGCCCCUUGGGGCCCCCAGAAAUUGACACUGCAGAGCUCUUGUGGUAACUUUAAGAGACUAACUUUCAGUGAAAACAGCGUGCAGACCCCUGUGGAAAGUACUUGGCAAAUGAUAUUACAAGCGGAGACCUUUAGUAAUUUAAGUGAGGAUGUUGCUGAAUGCCUGCUCAGAAGAGCUCGGGGUGAGAGAUGACCAUUCGAGAUUUAUAGGUGCCCUCCCUGGCGUCUUUAGAAAAACAACAGCCACUGAGAUGGAUUCCCUGACAAACAGCCCUGUAGGGCAUAGUGACGGUGGGGCAGAGGUUGUCAUCUGUAGAUAGUAGGUGCUGGGAGUCCUUUGUCAGGGUGUAAAGAGUAUUGUGCAGUGAUAGUGGCGCUCCACAGGCAUGCCCUGGCCUCGGCCGUACCGUAUCACCCAGGAGUGGCCCUGUGAAGGCUGCCCUGCUCAGGGACUUGUUGGGAAUUUGAACGGCCGAGUAGGAGAGGAGAGGGAGCUUGCUCUUUGGGAACCUUAGGAGAACUGUCAGAGAGGAAUAAUACAGGGCAGCAAACUUGAUACGCCUGAUGACACCGAGAUCAUCUUUGGAGGACUGGCUGGGUUCCAAGCAGAUGACAAGUGACUCUUUUCUAACGAAGAGGGAAAGAAAUAGAGAGAGGCACAAAUCAACCCAGAGUAAAGAUGGCAGAGGGUCAGAAAAAUCUGUCACCAUUCAAGCUCCCACCGGAGAGCCCCUGUUGGCAAAUGAUUCUACUCGGACGGAGGAAGCCCAGGAUGACAACUGGGGUGAGACCACCACGGCCAUCACGGGCACGUCAGAGCACAGCAUCUCGCAGGAGGACAUCGCCCGCAUCAGCAAGGACAUGGAGGACAGCGUGGGGCUGGACUGCAGGCGCUACCUGGGCCUCACCGUCGCCGCGGUGCUUGGACUCCUGGUCUUCCUCACCCCUAUCGCCUUCAUCCUGCUGCCCCCCAUCCUGUGGCGGGACGAGCUGGAGCCUUGCGGUACCAUCUGCGAGGGACUCUUCAUCUCCGUGGCGUUCAAGCUCCUCAUUCUGCUCAUCGGGACCUGGGCGCUGUUUUUCCGCAAGCAGAGAGCCGACGUGCCGCGGAUCUUCAUGUUCCGUGCCCUCUUGUUGGUUCUCAUCUUUUUUUUCGUGGUUUCCUAUUGGCUUUUUUACGGGGUGCGCAUUUUGGACUCUCGGGACCGCAAUUACCAGGGCAUUGUGCAAUAUGCCGUCUCCCUCGUGGAUGCCCUCCUCUUUAUCCACUACCUGGCUGUCAUCCUGCUGGAGCUCAGACAGCUGCAGCCCAUGUUCACGCUGCAAGUGGUCCGCUCCACCGACGGCGAGUCCCGCUUCUACAGCUUGGGACACCUGAGUAUCCAGAGAGCAGCGUUGGUGGUUCUGGAAAAUUACUAUAAAGAUUUCACCAUCUAUAACCCCAACCUCCUAACAGCCUCCAAAUUCCGAGCAGCCAAGCACAUGGCUGGGCUGAAAGUCUACAACGUAGAUGGCCCCAGUAACAACGCCACGGGUCAGUCCCGAGCGAUGAUCGCCGCGGCUGCUCGGCGCAGGGACUCGAGCCACAACGAGCUGUACUAUGAGGAGGCGGAACACGAACGGCGGGUGAAGAAGCGGAGAGCACGGCUGGUGGUCGCGGUGGAGGAGGCUUUCAUCCACAUCCAGCGUCUCCAGGCCGAGGAGCAGCAGAAAGCCCCAGGGGAAGUGAUGGGCCCCAGGGAGGCCGCCCAGGCCAUCUUCCCCUCCAUGGCCCGGGCUCUGCAGAAGUACCUGCGCGCCACCCGGCAGCAGCACUACCACAGCAUGGAGAGCAUCCUGCAGCACCUGGCCUUCUGCAUCACCAACAGCAUGACCCCAAAGGCCUUCCUCGAGCGGUACCUCAGCGCAGGCCCCACGCUGCAGUACGACCGGGAGCGCUGGCUCUCCAUGCAGUGGCGGCUCGUCAGCGACGAGGCUGUGACCAGUGGGCUGCGGGAUGGACUGGUUUUCGUCCUCAAAUGCUUGGACUUCAGCCUCGUAGUCAAUGUGAAGAGAAUUCCAUUCAUCAUGCUCUCGGAAGAGUUCAUAGACCCCAAGUCUCACAAAUUUGUCCUUCGCCUACAAUCUGAGACAUCAGUUUAAAAGUUCUAUAUUUGUGGCUUUCUUAAAAAAAGAAAAGAAUAUAGAGAGAGAUAUAUAUGUAUACCAGAGGGCCAUCUUUUUUUUUUUAUGAUUCUUCUUCAUUGCUGACUGAACUGGCAGAUGAGAGACCAGGGUCCUUUGACCAUCUGCACUUUAUUUGGAAGGAAGCAGAAGAUGUCCAUCCUGAAAAAAAGUGACUGAUGACAUCUGACUUGGGGAUGGGACAUCUCGAGAAGCCAUUCCCUGGCGUUUCUGUGACAGCUGCAAACCAAAGCGGAGCUGGAGGUUCCUGGGAACCUCGCCUUACGACUCAUCCAUCCCUGCCUUUCUUCCAGCACCCGGCCCUGCCCUGGCUUCUGGCCGUCCCGCUUGUGGGCCUGUAGGGGACACGUCUUUGUCCUGUUUCAGGGAACCAGACAGGACACGUCCACACAUGUUUGUGUAUGUAAACGUCCAGCACCACGGGAGCCUCGGGCCGUUCACAAAACGCCUGAUUUCUUUGUUCUCUGUUGCCUUAGGUCCUGCAGAGAAAGAUCGCAGUGACCAAUGUGCACUGUCAGUUUACAGCUCUUAAUGAUUUUAUUUUUUUUCCCAAAGAUAAAAUCUGUCUGCCCCAGUUCUGACCUGCUCGCCUACCGGCUUGAGCAGGUAGCCCCUUUCCUAACCCCGUGAUGGGCCACCCAUCCCCGCUCCAUCCCGCCCUCCCCAACACACACCACACCCCACCUGGCUGGCAGGCCUGGCCAGGGAGCCCAGCCUUCAGAGCCGCCCGGACCCGGCUCUUCACAUGUGCCCUCGGGCUCCACGCACAGCCUCGAGUCCUCCCCACGGAUUGUUUGUUUGCAUAGGGAGGGGCGGGGUGCCCACCAGGUGGGUCCCGGGGAGGGCGUGCCAGCUAGGAUGUCCCUUUCAGGCUGUGGCAGGAGCCCCUCCCCUCCUAGGCCUCCUCCCAGUGCUCCGCACCCACGAGGGGAAGACCCACACUGUGACUUUGGGCCUGGCACGUUCAGCUCGAAGCCUCUAUUUCGCAGGAGAUGUGUUCUCACAGAGCUCCACAGCAAGCUGCCCUGCCAGGGGACAGUGCCCUCACUGGGGACAGCUGCAGCCUCCAGCGCCUGACUUCUGACCACUGUCACUGGGCGCUCAUCACUUCUGCCCCUUUACUACCCUGGCAGGGGCUCCUUUAGGCCCUGGUGCUCAAUUACUUGAAGUUGGCAGUAGAGGGAGGAGAGGGAAUGGGCAUGCUGCAGUAGGGAGCCGGGCUUGUGGUCCAGAACUAUGCCUGCAUGGUCUGUUUCUUAGAUGGUCUCAGUGGGCUUUUCCGGGCUUGGGGAGCAGCCGAGCUGGGCUGUGGGUGGAGGCGCCGAUGGGCAGGGCCCUGCAGCAGCCUUCCGUUCCUCCGUCUGCCUUCCGUAUCCACAACAAACCUUUGCAGAGUGUUCACUCUCGCUUUUCCCUGGUGUUUAAGGCAGCCAGUCACCUUGCUUUAGCCAAGGAUGACACGGUCAAAUGCUCUUUGUAUAUGUGUUCGCAUGUACCCUCCCUGGUUUAUGCAUUCCACAAGUGGUGCAGUGUUUGUUAUUACUGUCUUAAACCAAAAUUGGCUUUGGAUGUUUGUCACACAUGUAUCUGAAAAAGUAAGCAGUGUUCUUGGAUCCACAGCCUUCAGGUCAAAAAGAAGAUGUGCUGGAAAAGAAGGAAGGCGUAACCAGUCAGUGUGGGAAUGAAGCCAGGAUGUGCUAUUUAACUACAUGGUUUCUGUUUGUGAAAAACACAUACCAUGUAACCAGGGUGCUUUUGUUCUUCUUAGUUUUGCCUUUAAGUCCUUUCAAGCUGGACAUUCCUUUUGAUGGUGUCUUUCUCAGGAAUAUGUUUUGGGAGACUGGGCAAGCGAUGGUGAAUGUAUAUGAGACUUCGGCUGCGUAAACGUUGUACUGUCCCAGACUAAAUGUAACAGAGGCUGCUACGUCAGGAACCCAGCAAUAGAAGUGCCGUACAUGUAUAUUCACAUGGUUAAUAAUGACACUGUCCAUCAGCAUUCUAAAAAACUGUGCUUCCAACCCUGUCUUCAAUUACCAGUCCAGGAGGGGCUAAGUUGGAUGGCUUUGGUGCCUGCCUUCCCAGCAGGGUGAAGAAAGGUUUAAAUUAAAGAAUUUCUUUUCUCUCUACCCCUUUCUCUCUCUCCCAGUCUUUGCAUAGGAGAAUGUCAGAGCUUCUGAAAUUAUUGUUUCUGUUUUAAAUUGAAUAUCGAUUUUUUUACACUGACUUUGUAUUGAGUCCUUUUCGAAAGAAUAACAUAAUAAAAUGCAGGAUCUUUAUAUGAAGCCUUUGCACUUACAAACUCUUAAUAGCUCGAGUUACUGGUGCAGUGGGAACAAUGUAAGUGGCAUUAAAAAAAAUUUAAGGUUUCAGAAAAGCUGUAUCAUACAAUUGAACACAGUGCAUUUCAGUUCUUGGAGCCAAUAGGCUAUUCUUUUUAAAAGGGGUAAACUGUGCCCUGGACUAGUAGAAUUGGAUAGGUUCACAUUAGAGGAGACAAGAUUUUAUUUGCCUUAAAUGUUUAUAGAUCUUCUAUAACUUUCAACCUAAGUUAUUAAAAUGUGAACGUUAAACUGUAAGGAGUAGAAAAACUUAAGUGAGGAAUGUAUGUCUGAGGUUAUCCUCUUCCCUGGUGAUGUUUUAACCAAUAGAUAAUUUCUGUUCUAAGUGUGUACUUUUGAAGAUAAUGACAAUCUUUAAUCAUCCAUGAACUGAACACUGAAGUCUGCAUUCUUAGAGCUGGAAGGGAUUUUCAGGUUUUGUUUUAAUCCAUCCUUUGCAUUAUCAGUUAAGUCGAAACAUAAUACUUUUGUUAAUGUUUAUAAAGUAAGUCCUAGAGAAAAUGCUUGACCAGUUUUUUGCCAAACUGUCUCCCUUUCUCUCUCUCCAUCCUUUUCAAAUCUACGCACAGAACAAAUUGUGUACAGCCAGUGGAUAGAGGAAGGUGGCCCGUGUGUGUGUGUGUGUGCAUGUGUGUGUGUGUGUGUGUGCAUUCAUGCUGUGGCUCAUUGCCAGAGCUCAGACCUCCUUUGCAGUGGGGAGAUUGUGGCUGUGCGGGUCUGUCUUGGGUGGGGAUGAGGUGCUCCCCUCUCUUCGCCAUAGUUGGUUGUAGUUGAGUACACUCACUCUUGUCUCCUGGUCGCUUUGGCGUGCAUGUAUUUAGCUAAGGCUGUAGCUCUGUGGGAGGCCGCGAGCCUACUGGGCUGAUGGAAACUAAUGACCCUGCCCCUCCUUACUUCCGCACCCCCAGGACGGUGACUGUUGUAGCCGCUCAGUGAAAUCAACAAAAUCAAGUCCUUGGUUUACUCUCGCCUACGUGAACCCUGCUAUGUCAGGCUCCCUACAGCGGGACACAUAUUGG